CGAGCCAGUCUGACGCCAGGCGCCGCGACGCUAUGACGUCACUGGUCCGCGCUUCACCGACGAACGUACCUCGCCAGCGGUGAGAACUCAUGAAUGAAACCCUAUUUACGACGGAAUCUCCGAAAAAGCAAUAUCAUCGAAAAAAGAGCGCAACGCGGAAGACGUACCGACGAGUCGAUCGCAUUGAGCAAGACGAGUGGCACGAGUGGUAUCGGAGAGACCCGCGUCGCCCUCGCUGUGCGUACUUAAAUCAAUUAAAGAAAACCCGAGCGCGCCAGACGAAUUAAAUCAAACUUUUCCACUUACGACUUACUCGACCGAGCGUUACAACCGACUCUGCGCGCACCUCCCUCGAUCGCGACGUAAAUUUAUCGCGCGCGGCGCCGUCGGCUUCUCGAAACCGAAGAAAGUUCGGCUUCCUGCAAAAUACACCACCAAAUUAGAUCUACCGGCAAACUUCUCGAGACAGUGGACUCUGUUGGUACCUCAACGGCAGAGGAAGUUGCGGCCGGCAAAGUUAUCGAGUGGAUUCGAUAGAGAGUCCCUGCGCGACCUCGAAACAAGGAAGAGUCAAGGAACCCGCGAUAGGAAGGAAGCGCUUCAGAAAGGACGAUCGCUCCUUGUGCUGAAACUUUGCUGAGGAACGGCAUCUUCCUUCCUGCGUGUCUGUCCCGCUUCCUUCGCGGACUUCUAGGCGCAGUGUUCGAUCUCGAAGGGAGGGACAUCGAGUUCGAGCGACCUUCAAUUCUUCGCGCUUCACUCUCGGCUCAUCAAGCGCACCUCGGCGGCGGCCUUCGAGACAUGCGAGCUCGACGGUGAGAACGAAGCUGCCGACAGAAGUGGAAAACCCCAAGGACAGUACAUUCGAUUGAGCGGCAAGGGAGACCGUCAACUCGCGCGAGCGUCAGGUUCGCGGCUGCGAAGAUGGGCAAGAAGAACAGCAAACUCAAGCAAGAUACCAUCGAUCGACUCACCACCGACACGUACUUUACUGAGAAAGAGAUCCGUCAAUGGCACAAAGGAUUCCUGAAAGACUGCCCUGACGGACUGUUGACGGAACAGGGCUUCAUAAAGAUCUACAAGCAGUUCUUCCCCCAGGGUGACCCGUCAAAGUUCGCCUCCCUCGUCUUCAGGGUCUUCGACGAGAACGCCGACGGCACGAUAGAGUUCGAGGAGUUCAUAAGAGCGCUCUCGGUGACGUCACGCGGCAACCUGGACGAAAAACUUCACUGGGCCUUUCGUUUGUACGACGUGGACAACGACGGCUUCAUCACGAGAGACGAGAUGUACAAUAUAGUCGACGCGAUAUAUCAGAUGGUGGGACAGCAGCCGCAAUCCGAAGACGAGAACACGCCCCAGAAGAGGGUCGAUAAGAUCUUCGAUCAGAUGGACAAGAACCAUGACGACAAACUCACUCUGGAGGAGUUCCGGGAAGGCAGCAAGGCUGAUCCGAGGAUCGUGCAAGCGUUGUCGCUGGGCGGCGAGUAACCUCCGAUUUCCAUGGGCGAGCCAUCGAAACCGGGCGAUUACGUCGUUGUCAUUGUCGUAAUUGCCGACGCGAGCUGGGCGAGCCGCACGCCCCGAUUAAUCGGCCGAUGAGGAAUGACGACCUGAGAAAGGCAAGUCCACGUCCGCGCGGCUUCGGCAUGCACGUAACAGAUAGGCAAUAAACGCGAGCGAAACGCGGCGUCCGCGAGACGCGGAGACUCGACGCGAGUGUUUCCGGGGGUGGUCUCUCCCUCUCUUCUCAUCCUCCGUCUCCGCCGGCGUCGCCGCCGCGGAGGAGAUCCUAGAGAGAGUCUAUCGCACUUCUUUUUUCUACACUCUCGUUCUCGGAGCAGAUCGGUUUCCAUCCCCCUUUGGCGAAUCGAUCCCUCCGUCUUCUUCGUUAACGAUCAAUUCUCAAGAAUCUCGGUGCUAAGUAGUAAGUGUCUCUAGCGUUCGAGUAAUCGUAGCUUUCGAGGAGACCGGACGUGGGGCGAAUUUUGCAGUUUUCGAUAGGAGAGCGCGUUGCAGGCCUUUAAUACCAGACAAACUGUUACGAACGAUGAAGGUAUAAAUCAUUUAGAGGAGAAUUCCCCCCCUCUUGGUCGGUCGCCGUUAAUCGCCUCCCGAGUCGAAAGCGACUCCUGUCCCAUUCUCUCGUCUUUCCUUCUCUCUCUUUCUCUCUCUCUCUCUCUCUCUCUCUCUCUUCGCUUUUCUUCCACUUCGCUCUUAUUCCGCCGGCGAGAAGAUAAUAUCGCGGUAAUACAAGGAUAACGAGUAAAAUUCAAAGACACUCGACGAGCGUGCCGCUCGAAUUUCAAUGAAGCUCGCCGGGGUUAUUUCCGAUUGGAGGGUUGCUCUACAUUAGGGGAAAAGAGGAGGGGGAUGGGUAGAUGGGUGGAUAGGUAGGUACAUAGCAGGGAAAUUGCAGCGGGGGUGAGCAUUCGAAUCGGCGGACAACUGAUCGCGUAUUGUUCGGUGCGUUGCGUGCGGCGGCGGCGGGGACGGAGGCGGCGACGAGCAAAAAUUCCAAAAGUCACAAUGUGUGCUACGUACUUCAACGGCCGGCCGAGCAGCGCAUUAACGGCGGAACCGACAAAAGAGAACGCGGGAGACGUGCGAAUUUCGUGAUCGUGAAUAGAGCUGCAAUAACACUGCGUCGCGGCGUUUCGGCGGUUCCCCUCCCGGUUCCCUUUCUCCACUUUCGUUCGUUCUUCCCUCCUUGCGCAACGCCACGCAAUUCCGUCGAAUUUUCUCGUCGUUCGCCAAGUCAAUCGCGAACGCGAGCGCUAAUGCGAGCGCGCUUUUAUAUAACACGCGGCGUGCCGAACGGCGCGGAUUAUUCAUACGCUCAAAUGUCGACCCGCUAAGAAUCGAAAAAGUAGCCGAGACCGCGUAUUAACGAGCGUUACGUGCUACUGGCAAAAUUGCCGCGUCGAUUUGACGCCGCUCGUGUGUACCGCUCUGCUGCCACUUGUGCGCGCGUGCAAGAUGACUUCUUAACAAACACGGCGCCGGUCGCGAGUAUCGACUGGCUGAGUAUCGCGAUUGCGUAAGUCCCGCGCGCGCGCGCGCGCGCGCAUUAGAACGGCGUGGUGCAAAAAUUCGUCGCGUCUAUAAUAACGCGCGGAUCGGCCCGAUGAUGACUGGGCAAACGGCCAAGACGGAUAAUGGCAAUCUACUUUUCGCUAUUAAUGAACGUUGCGUGUUUUACGUCACUUACGAUGAGGCGAGAAGCGGCCGGCUCUUGUAAUUCGCCAGCUGCGGCGCGCGCUCGCGCUAUCAAUGAAACUCCCGCCGCGCUCGCGAGGCCGCGUUACGAAAGCGAAGAAAAGCGCGAGAAAUAUAAUUAAGGUAAAUGCACGCGCGCGCCGCGUAGAACACGAUGCCGACUGACUACUCGAUUGUAACGAGCCGAGUUUUGCGUUAUUAUUGGCCAUGUUUGUGCGCGCACCGCGCACCGCGCGGCAACGGGGAUACCGCUCUGAAAACUACGCACGGACGUGAUUGCGGAAAGAAAGGACGAGAAGAAGCACAACUAAUCGGAAUAACGGAAAAGCUUAUUAAAUAUGAAUGCCGCGUCGCGUAGUAACAACCGAUCGUCAAAUAUUAACGAGCAAAGUUGCAUCCGCUCCCGCAAAUCCUCUUGCAACUCUCGAAAACCUUUAGUCGCAAUCGUCGAUCCAUCCUCCUCCUUCUUGCCCUCCUCUUGCUCCUCCUUCCUCCUCGAAUGCUCUACUUUCGAACUUGGGCGAUCCGAAUUUUCAUUCGAAGCGAUCCGUACGGUGCAAAACGAACGAUCGAUCAAAGAAAAUAAAACGUCAGACGCGCGAUCCCGGACGAAUUAAAUUGCAAAUUGAACGAAUUAAAAUUACGUGGGUAAAAGCAGCAGAGUCAAGGGCGUUGUGCGCCAGAGAGGGAAGCGUGAAAAGCGAACUGUAUUAUUUUACGAAAUGGCGAUCGAUUAAUCAAUGUGUGACGACGCAGGGGAAGUCGCGCUUCCUCGAGAUAUUAAAAAAGAAAAUCGAAAGACAGGGAGAACGAAAAUAUAGGGGGGAGAAACGUCCGAUGGAAAUAAAGCGAAUAUUCCGGGAGAGAAGGUGAUUAAAUUAAACGAGGAGGCCGAUAGGUCACGCUCGAGGGCGAUAUUUGUGUUACGCGAGAGUGAUUAAGACAAACGAGGGGCAAUAAUUCACGUCGAAGAUUUCUUGAUUGAGGCGAUUGAUUUUCUAUAAUCGCGCGGCGCAUAUAGGA